AUGCCCAUGACCAGCAUGAAGCCUCUCUCCUUUUUGCUACUCAUCAAACUACUCUUUCUUGGCCUUAGUGUGGCACCCUUCAUUGCCGGUGAUGAGCACCAGUUCAGCUUCUCCGGCUUUUCCAACACCAACCUCACCCUUGACGGUGCGGCCUCGGUCACGCCCAAUGGAUUACUUAUGCUCACCAAUGGCUCGGCCCUGAGCAUGGGCCAUGCCUUCUAUCCGAGUCCGCUGCACUUCCACAAUUUGUCCGAUGGGACUGUACAGACCUUCUGCAUCUCGUUUGUCUUCGCCAUCGUCCCCACCUACAAGGACUUGAGCAGCAAUGGCCUCACCAUGUUCAUUGCACCGAGCAAGAAUUUGCCAGCAGCGAUGCCAAUACAGUUCUUGGGUCUUCUCAACGACCAGAAUAAUGGCAAUGAAACAAACCACAUCUUCGCAAUCGAGCUAGACACCUUUCAGAACUUGGAGUUCGAGGACAUCAACGACAACCAUAUCGGUAUUGACAUCAACAGUCUCUAUUCCAUAAAAUCCCACAAUGCUGGCUUCUACCACGACGAGAGUGGCACCUUCCAGAGCUUGGGUCUCGAUAGCCAAGAGGCCAUGCAAGUGUGGGUGGACUACCACAGAGAGAAGACACAGAUCGAUGCCACCAUGGCUCCUCUCGGCAUGGUCAAACCUACAAGACCAACGGUUUCGGCCAACUACAACCUCUCAAGUGUGCUCACAGAUGUGGCAUACAUUGGCUUCUCAUCUGCACAAGGCAAGAUAAACACGAAGCACUAUGUGCUGGGUUGGAGUUUUGGCAUGAACAGUCCUGCUCCAGCUAUCAAUCUCACCAUCCUGCCAACACUACCUUCUGAUCCUCAUACCAAGUAUCGACACCGUCUCUGGCUAUUGGAGAUCAUUCUACCACUAGCAACGGCAGCACUCAUCCUGUCUGUGGCUGCCGUUGUUUCCCUACUUGUGCGGAGGCAUUUCAGGUAUGCAGAGUUACGUGAUGACUGGGAGGUCGAAUUCGGUCCACACCGCUUCUCGUACAAGGAUUUGUUCCAUGCAACAGAGGGAUUUGACGACAAAAACCUCCUAGGGGCCGGAGGAUUUGGAAGAGUAUACAGAGGGGAGCUGCCAAGGUCCAAACUAAGGAUGGCUGUGAAGAGGGUGUCGCAUGACUCGAAGCAAGGCAUGAAGGAAUUCAUCGCCGAAAUUGUUAGCACUGGCCGCCUUCAAAAUCCAAAUCUCGUACACUUACUUGGCUAUUGCAGGCGUCAAGGUGAGCUCCUGUUAGUGUAUGAGUACAUGCCCAAAGGAAGCCUCGAUAAGUACUUGUAUGGUGAAGUGAACAACUCCACAUUAAGUUGGGAUCAGAGGUUUUGGAUCAUCAGGGGCAUCGCGUCUGCACUGAUUUAUCUCCACGAGGAGUGGGAGAAAGUAGUUGUCCACCGAGACAUCAAGGCAAGCAAUGUGCUCCUUGAUGAUGAGUUGAACGCACGGUUGGGUGAUUUCGGUCUAGCAAGGCAGUAUGAUCAUGGUGUUGAGCAAGAAACUACUCGUGUUGUCGGCACCAUCGGAUACCUUGCUCCAGAGCUAGCACGGACGGCCAAGGGUACUCCUCUUACCGAUGUAUUUGCCUUUGGUGUAUUUAUUCUAGAGGUCACUUAUGCAAUAGAUGUGAGGCUUAAAGGGCACUACAAUGUCGGUGAGGCAUAUUUGGCGCUGAAGCUAGGACUACUGUGCUCACAUCCAUUUGUGUGUGCAAGGCCUAGCAUGCGGCAAGUGAUCCAAUACCUAGAUGGGCAUAUUGAACCACCAGAGCUACCAGCACACCAGAGCUUCCAAGCGCUGGCCUUGAUGCAAAAUGAAGGGAGGAAGAUGAGCACUAUGUUUGAUGGCAUUGAUAGUGCUUACUCAUCAAUGAUGUACCCUAUAGAACAUACAGUGUCUGUAAUAAGGCUAAUGACAGUAUGUAAGGUUUGUUGCGUCAUCAACAAGAUUGAUAGGUCUGGCGGCGGCGGCCUCUCGCUCUCGGGCUUGGGUAAGAGCAACCUGAACUGUCUUACAGUCUGUACUACCCUGAGAUACAAUAGUAAGCCUGUACUCUGUACCACACUCAGAUAUAAGAAGCGUGCGUCGUUCCUUCCGUCCCUCCUCCUCCUCUUAUUUGGUCUCACCAUCGCAGCCUUUGCCGCGGGCGAUGAUCAAUUCAUCUUCUCCGGCUUCACACAAUCCAGCCUAGCCCUCGACGGCGGCGCCGUGGUCACACAAGGCGGCCUCCUCGACAUGUCCAACGGCACAAACAAUGUCAAGAGCCAUGCGCUUUACCCCACUCCACUGCGCUUCCGCAAUUCAUCCACCGGUGGUAAAGUGCAAUCAUUCUCGGCCGCCAUCGUUUUCUGCAUCGUCGGCGCAUUCCCUGGCGUGAGUGCCAAUGGCUUGGCCUUCUUCAUCGCCCCAAGCAGGAACCUCUCGGACGCACUGCCGACGCAGUACUUUGGUAUCCUGAAGCAGCAAAACAGUGCCAACCUCUUUGUUAUCGAGAUUGACACCUUCCAGAACCCUGACAUGCAAGACAUCAACGACAACCACAUCGGCAUCGACAUCAACAGCGUUUUCUCCUUGCCAUCUCACGCGGCUGGCUUCUAUGAAGACUCUAGUGGCGCCUUCAAGAACUUGACGCUGAACACCCAGAUAGAACUGCAGUUGUGGGUGGACUAUGAGGAGGAGGAAACAAGGAUCAAUGUGACCUUGGCUCCACUUCAUGUGGGAAAACCCUCCAAGCCACUGUUGUCCGCGACCUAUGACCUCUCAACCGUGCUCACGGAGACGGCUUAUAUUGGUUUCUCAUCCACGGCUGAAAUUAUGGACACCCGUCAUUAUGUUCUUGGAUGGAGCUUUGGCAUGAAUGGGCAAGCAGCUCCGUCCAUUGACAUCUCCAAGCUUCCAAAGGUUCCUCGUCUACGACAAAAGGGCCAGUCCAUGCUCUUGGCGAUCAUCCUCCCAAUAGCCACCGCGGCACUGAUAAUCUCUAUCGGCACCAUUGUCACUCUGAUGGUGCGAAGAAAAAGGAGGUAUAGGGAGGUGCGCGAGGAUUGGGAGAGCGAGUUUGGUCCACACUGGUUCUCGUACAAGGAUUUGUUCAAGGCUACUCAGGGAUUUAAGAGCAAGAACCUAGUUGGAGCUGGAGGGUUUGGGGAGGUAUACAGAGGGGUGCUUAAACUGUCCAAGAAGGAGAUUGCCGUGAAGAGGAUGUCCCAUGAGUCAAGACAAGGGAUGAAGGAGUUCAUCACCGAGGUUGUUAGCAUUGGCCGGUUGCGGCAUCGCAACCUAGUCCAGCUACUUGGCUAUUCCAGGCGGAAAGGUGAGCUGAUGCUGGUGUACGAUUACAUGUCAAAUGGCAGCCUUGACAAAUAUAUACACUGUCAAGGGGAUGACAAGCCCACCUUAAAUUGGGCUCAGAGGUUUCAAGUCAUCAAGGGUAUCGCUACCGGCUUGCUCUACCUCCACGAAAAGUGGGAGAAAGUUGUGGUCCACCGAGACAUCAAGGCAAGCAAUGUCCUCCUCGACCAUGAAAUGAAUGGGCGACUCGGUGACUUUGGUCUUGCACGGCUAUAUGAUCAUGGCACCGAUCCACAAAGCACACACAUGGUCGGCACAAUGGGAUACCUUGCCCCCGAGCUAGUACGCACAGGCAAGGCAUCUCCUCUUACCGAUGUGUACGCCUUCGGCAUGUUUCUUCUCGAAGUUACAUGUGGGCAAAAGCCUAUGAAGCAAGAUGCAGGGGGAAAUCAGGUUUUCCUGGUGGACUGGGUCCUAGAGCACUGGAACAAUCGACUGCUUAGCAGAACAGUGGACACAAGGCUCCAAGGCGACUACGGCGUUGACGAAGCAUCCCUCGUGCUGAAGAUAGGACUUUUGUGCCUGCACCCGUUUCCUGGUUCGAGGCCUAGCAUGCGAGAAGUCAUGCAAUACCUCGACGGUGAGACCCCGCUGCCUGAGCUGAAGCCGACGCAGCUGAGCGUGGACAUGCAGGGGUUGAUGCAGGACAGCGGGUUCAACACUUCUGUAAUGUCUUAUCCCCAGCUGAUGUCAAGCUUCGGCACAGUGUCCGACCUCUCGGGAGGACGAUGA